UGGCGUCAGUGUGCGCGCGGUGUCCAUGGAGAGAGGCUGAGCGGUCGGAGCUCCGGCCGGAGCCACCGGGGCGGCCAAGAUGUCGGCUUCGUUAGUCCGAGCCACUGUCCGCGCUGUGAGCAAGAGGAAGCUGCAGCCCACCCGGGCCGCCCUCACCCUGACACCUUCAGCAGUCCAGAAGAUAAAGCAGCUUCUUAAAGAUAAGCCUGAACAUGUAGGUGUGAAAGUUGGUGUUCGAACCAGGGGUUGCAAUGGCCUUUCUUAUACUUUAGAAUAUACAAAGACAAAAGGAGAUUCUGAUGAAGAAGUUGUUCAAGAUGGGGUCAGAGUGUUCAUCGAAAAGAAAGCACAGCUAACCCUUUUAGGAACAGAAAUGGACUACGUAGAAGACAAAUUAUCCAGUGAAUUUGUGUUCAAUAACCCAAACAUCAAAGGAACAUGUGGCUGUGGAGAAAGCUUUAAUGUCUGAAACCUUGGGACUACUCUGGCUGUGGGCUCCAGGGGUGCUCACGGGAACUUCGGGCUUACUGAGGAAACCAUGUGACUGUCACAAUCCUAGAUUCACAAUGCAUGGCUGCCUUUUGAGGAAAAGAAAAGGAACGCAUUUGAAAACGAAGCCAGCGUGUUGAAUUCGAGAAGACGUGACGCUUGUAUCCUCCUUAGGGGAUGGAACGAGGAACCAUUGUUCUCGUUGGAUCAUUUUUCUGUUCUGUAAAGGAAAAAGAAUCCUUCCCAGCACUUAACUUCUUGUAUCCUUUGUGUUAGAACCAGUCUCAUCAAAGUCACCUUCCUGGUGGCAUUUCAGGAAACGUCUUCUUCCUGGGCAUGCGCUCAUUAGGUCUUUGUUGAAAGCUUGAACUGCACAGCUCCCUAGCCAUUCCCCGACCAAGUUGAUGACCCUUAAGACUUCUUAGAACUGUCGUACAGAAGAAUUCCGAAUGCUGGUAUCAAAAGGUGUAGAAAUCACUCCACCCACCUAUUUUCUUAAUCCAUUCCCGUCUCCACCCUAAAUGUCUGCUCAAAGAUUGGAUCUUGAGCUGACUUCAAUUCUUUUCAUUCAAAGGACUCUUAAAGCCAUCCAGCCCACCCCUCAGUUCUGUAGCUGAGGAAGCCAAACCCCAGGGAAGCUAAGGCUCGUCCACCCUCACGCUGCAAGUUAGGGGCCGAGCCAGACUCUCCGCCACAUCUCCCUUUCCCUGUCGGUGGGUCGUCCUCUACGCCUUUAGCCCGUCAGAGACGUUACGUGGGUGGCCUGGCUUCUCCGUCUGGUCCACACUUGGAUAAAAUUUCUUAGUAAUUUGAUAUAGAUCAUGGUAAUUUUAUUUUUAUUCUGAAUUGGAAGAAUUGUAAAACCCAUUUAUGCGGAUUACCUUUUUUUUUUUUUUUGAACUAUGAAGCAGUGGUUUACCCUAGCAGGUAAGACCUAGCAGCCCAGAGUUAGCCUUUGGAACAUACAGGUUACUGUGAAGCAGAACACAGGUCUUUUCUGAAAAUUCCCAGUGUGCUGACACUUUCUGCAUCUUAAAUCCAGUUGCAAAAUUUUAAACCUGACAUUUUGUCCUAGCAUUUUUAUCACCAACUUUUCUGUAAUAGUGUUCACUUUGUCAUUUAGUUAUUGAUUUUCCCGGGUUUGACGUACAGGUACUCUGUGAGUUGGCAUAUAUGUUGUUUUUGAAAGCUGACUCUCGUGAACUGAAGUAGUGCUGUUAGCCUUGAUGUUUGCCUUGUUCCCUGAAGCGCCCGGCACAAAUGCACCAAACCUAGGGCUCGUAUCAGUGCUCCUGAGUUCGUAUCAUUACCAGAAUUGUCGAUCCACUUAUAAUUUGUGCAGCACUAUAUUAUGUAGAAAUUGAGUUGUCAAUAAAACAUGUGGCCUCUCUGUGAUUGUAAAAUGGGCUUUUCUUGUUGAGGGAGAAGGGUUUGGAGUAGUAAUGGCUAGAAAGCCAAAAAAAAAAACACACACACCAAAUUGGCCAUGAGUGUCAGAAUAGAA